GUUGCGCUUUGACGUCACGGUUGUUUCAAGGUUGAGGAACGCGGCCAUUUGCGUCUCUCGUUCGUCUCUCUCUGUGUGUGUCUGUGUGUAUCUCGGCGUGCGAUGCCUCCUCCGCUGUCUCUCGCCUCGUCCGCAUGGCGCCUCGCCCGCGUGUCCGCGAGGCGGUACUCCUCGGUGGCGCACGAGGAACACAAGAGCUCUCGCAUGUGGAAGAUCCUCACCUACACCGUGGCCCUGCCCGGCGUCGCCGUCUGCAUGCUCAACUCGUACCUCUCGAGCCAGCACGAGCACGAGCGGGCCGAGUUCGUCCCCUACGACCACCUGCGCCUGCGUACCAAGCGCUUCCCCUGGGGCGACGGGAACCACAGCCUCUUCCACAACUCCCACGUCAACGCCCUUCCCACCGGCUACGAGGAGAAAGACCACGACAGCCACCACUAGAGAGGCGUCCCUUGCCGCCGUGCCCUCUUUGUGCCGAUUCUGCUGCUCCUCCGGGCUCCUAAGGCGUGUGCGUGUGUGUGUGUGCGUGUGUGUGUGCGUGCGGGCAGAAACGUUGGUGGCGUGCGGAUUUGUCUCCGUGAAACCUUUGCGGGCGCCUCCGUGAUCUUAGAGGAUUUUCUUGGGUUUCUUUUCGUUGGGUUACCCCCUCCGCCCCCCUCCGCCCUCCGCCCCCCACAUACACUUGGGUGACCCCCAAUCGCUGUGCCGCUGGCAUUUGCUCGACACCCACCUAAGGCCCCCCGGGCUCGCUCGUCCGUCCUGAAUGUAUAAUGUUCCAGGAGCCCUAAACUAAACUAAACUUUAAAGGCAAAUUAAUUUUUAUUUUUUAUUUUUUUUAACAUCACCACGCGUCCAAGGGUCCUCCAUACGCCGACCGCUUCUCCGGAGCUCUUCUUUCGGAAGCAGACUUGGCCUCUAUCGCAAGUCAACUGAAGAUUUAAAAAAAAAAAAAUUAUUUUUUACCGCACGUCCAAGGGCGGUAAAGCCCUCGGUUUGAUUUCGCUUUCCGAAAGAGCAGUCGCGGCCUUGCCACGCCUGGCGAGGUACAAAAAUCGUUCACCGAUUCAUGGGCACGAUCGAUCGAACGCGCGGACGGACACGCAGGCUACACGCAGGCUA